UGUAUAAAAAGGCAAAACCCCUGUCAGUAUUUCAAACUCAAACAGCAGCAGAGACGAGAGACUAAAGCUGAAAAGUUGAAACAGCAGGGACCCGCUAUACUACACUGGACACACACCAGCCGCAAGAAUGCUUUGUGUGUAUAUUUUCCUGGUGCUGGCUCUGAGCAGAGUGGGACUGAGCUCUCUGCAGGAUAAGCAGACUGAUUUUGGGCUGAAGGUCUUCUCCCAGGUAGCCCAGGGGUCUGUAGACAAGAACGUGGCCUUAUCCCCAUAUGGUGUGGCAGCUGUUCUAGCCAUGGCUCAGCUUGGUGCAAAUGGAAGCACCCAGAAGGUUUUAACUACAGUUAUGGGUUUUUCUCUGCGAGAGCGAGGGAUGGCUCGGCAGCAGCGGCUCCUGCAGCAGGACCUGUCCAUUGAGGACGGGGUAGAAAUAGCCAAUGGGGUGAUAGUGGAGCGGAACAUGAGCCUGGAGAAGUCAUAUCGCCGGGUCUUGGCCAAGACCUUCCAGACUCACCCUCACCAGGUGGACUUCACAGAGCAAGACCAAGCCAUCAGCAUCAUCAAUGCAUGGGUCUCAGAUCACACUGCAGGUACCAUCCCUGAAUUCUUGCAAUCUGGAUCUCUGACUGAUAAGACCCGCCUCAUCCUCCUUAAUGCGCUCCACUUUCAGGGCCUCUGGAAAGUUCCUUUUGACCCAAAACUGACACAGGAGAGGAUGUUUCACUGCGCCAAUGGCAGCACUGUGCCAGUCCACAUGAUGAGACUCACCAACCGCUUCAACUAUGGAGAGUUUGUGACUGCUGAAGGGGUGGAUUAUGAUGUGAUCGAGGUCCCAUAUGAGGGUGACUCACUGAGCAUGCUCUUGGUGUCACCCUUUGAACCUGAAGUUCCCCUUAGCAUGCUCAGUGCAGAUUUGAGCAGCCAGAAAAUUCAGCAGUGGCGGACAGAGAUGAGGAACAUCAAGAGACAGCUAGCCUUGCCUAGGUUUACUUUGAACUCUGAGGUGAAUUUGAAGACUGCUCUGGUCAAUAUGGGACUGGGAGACAUGUUCAACCUGGCUACUGCUGACUUCACACGCAUCACCUUGAAUGAAAGGCUGUGUGUAUCGAAGGUCCUGCAGAAAGUGAAGAUUGAGGUGCAUGAACGGGGCACCAAAGGAGCAGCAGCAACAGCUGCUGUCAUGUUUUCUCGUAUGGCAGUGGAAGAAAUAACUCUAGACCGACCAUUCCUUUUCCUUAUCCAGCACAAACUCACAGGUGCUGUUCUUUUCAUGGGUCAGUUCAAUCAGCCUGAACAAUAACACCCUGAAAGCCUGGUUUCAUUCCACUGUGAGUUCAUUACAUGGUAUAUUUCUUACUGACAGAUUUAUUUAUAACUGUAUUGACAGAGAUUGUUUUGUUUUUUUUUGUAGUUUAUUUGAUUAUGUAUUAUUUAUUUCUCUGAAUGUGUCUGGUUGACAAAAUAGAAGGAAAUAUGAAAGAAAGUGAACAUAUAAGGUAUUUUGCCUGUGUCUGACACAAAAGACAGUGAUUUAAAUGAAAGCAUUAGUACCAGAAGAGAUAUAUAAAGAGGUAUAUUUUAUUAUUAUAAGUUUAUAUUACUGUUUUUAAAUUUUUAUUUUGUUUUGGGUUUUCUUUUUGUUUGUCCUAUUGUUAAAUUUGUAUUUCUGGUUCUCUAUAUAUAUAUUUAUUAAACUAUGUUUUUACAAUGUUGCAGUUUUUGAGGGGUUCUCUGGAAUGUUAACACUUCUGU